GCUUGCGUCCCCCAGUGCACGAGGAGGGAGGAAGAAGGAGGCAGCGGAGCUGAGGCGGCGGAAGCGCCUGGGCUGCUCGUCGCGGAAGUCGCUGCCGCUGCCCUGCCCUCGCAUGGCGGCCGCUGGGCGCCGCUGGCCGCGAUCUUCGGGACUGGCCGUGACGCCGGAGAGAGGCCUCCGCCAGCGAGAGGCCCGGGAGGCGUAAGGCGGGCCAGGCCACCGGGCGACCGCCGCCGUUUCCUCUCCGUCUCCUGCAGGAUCGGUGACCGCGGAGGUGAUGGGGAAAUACUUCCUGACCCUGAGCGUCCUCAAGGGGCCCUGGGACCAAGUCUUCGCCGCCUUCUGGCAGCGCUAUCCGAACCCCUAUAGGUGAGCGCGAGCCGUGGGGUCUCCUCUCCCUCACUGGAGGAAGUGAAAAGGGCUGGGCUGGGGGGGGGCACAGUGUUUUCCUGGUGGGAGAUGCCGGGCGACAGCCUGACAGAGCGAUACUUCCUCCCUCCCGUGAUCCCUGCUCCCGUCAUUGGCUCCGGAGCAAGCCCCAUACAUUUCGGGUGGCCCCGCACUCGGGGCAGAUGCGGCAUUCCCAGCCCGAGCCUGUUCACGUACAUACAGGCUGAGGCUUGCCGCUAGGGGAGCGUGCGUCGGGGUGCUCACAGCCCCGACUUGGUGGGCUCAACCUGGCGAUCUGUGCUGCCCCCAGCGGCGGUCUCAAGACGGGGUAAUGCAGUGGGGGAAAGUCUGGCGGGAGACGUACGUGCUGGUGAAGCAGUUGCCUUUCUUCUCUGCCUUGGCCAAGGCCGCUGCAUGAACCUUUCACCUAGUGCGCCGGGAGAGGCGUUGUGGCCAUCUGGGUGUAAUCUUUGAUAGCCUCUUCUUUGAGGCUAAGCUGUCGGAGCUUGCUGUUUACCGAUCAUUUGGAUUUUGGGAGGUGGGGCAGGGCAGGGAUUUCUAUAAACAGGAGUAAUUAAGAUCAAAAAGAUUUGCUAGAUGAUAGAUUAGCACAGGCAGAUAUGCUGGUGUGUGUAAAAAGUUUGCUCUGGAAGAGCCAUUUUCAAAUGCCACAGGCAACCUUUUAUUUUUGCCUGUUGCCUUGACUCUUGAGGAAACCAUCCUCAUAAUCAGGCUUCCUCAAACUCGGCCCUCCAGAUGUUUUUUGGCCUACAACUCCCAUGAUCCCUAGCUAGCAGGACCAGUGGUCAGGGAUGAUGGGAAUUGUAGUCUCAAAACAUCUGGAGGGCCUAGUUAGAGCUCUUAACACUGCUGUAAAAGUGCACAUGCAUAGAUUUGUGUUUUCAUUAGGGAUCAGUUGAUUAAAACCAACUACUAGCUUCUGCUGGUGAUUGACUCACCUGUAAAUCACCCGACCUCACCGGGACCUCAGGUACCGUAAUCCAUUUUUCCUUUGCAGAGUGACUUGAACUCAAGCUGAGCUACAAAGAAAGAUCCCAGCCAAUCUAAGCCGGGCUUGAAGUCAGCACUGAUUAGCUGAGUGGCACUGUCAUUAAGCCUCAAUUUUGGCUAGGGUCAGCUACACUUGGGAGCUCUGCAGCUCCCUAAGCCACAUAUUAACAUCGUACAUGCCAUCUAGUGGAGGUGGCUUGGGAAAAAGAGCCAAACCGGGGCCUAAGUGGGACAGAGGGAAGCAUUCCAGCUAGGAAUGGCAUUCUGCUCUGCUGAGUGACUGGAUGGGAGGCAAUGUACUCUUGUCACAUGAUUAUACACUUAGGAAAGCUUAGAACAGCCUUCCCCUAAUCUGGUGCCCUCUGGGACUACCAACUCCUAUCUGCCCCAACCAACAUGGACAACAGCCAGGGAUGAUCAGAGUUGUACUCCAAAAAAACAACUGGAGGGAACCAGUUGAGGAAGCACAGCUUAAAAUGAAUUUGCCAGAUUCUCUUCUCUCCUCCCCAGCAAACAUGUCCUGACAGAAGAUAUUUUACACCGAGAGGUGACAGAAGACCAGAAGCUGCUUUCCAGGCGGCUCCUCACCAAGACCAACAGGAUGCCUCGCUGGGCAGAGCGCUUCUUUCCAUCCAAUGUCGCCCACUCUGUCUACAUCCUUGAAGAUUCCAUUGUGGACCCAAAGAACCGAACCAUGACCACAUUCACCUGGAACAUUAAUCACGCGCGUCUUAUGGUGAGCAGGCUUUGAGCAGGGCUAGCAGCAUAAACUCUUGCUGUGUUUCGUCCUAUGGGGAGAGUUGAUGGUCAUUUUGUUGGUCAUCUCUUGUGCCUUGCAGGUGGUGGAGGAGCGGUGUGUUUACAGAGAGAACCCUGAAAACAGCGGCUGGACAGAAGUCCAGCGGGAAGCUUGGGUUUCCUCCACUCUGUUUGGUGUCUCGCGUGCUGUCCAGGUGAGUGGUCAGUAACCCGUGUCUCUUGAUAUACUUCAGCUGCAAAGAGGCAGUCUUAGAAGAGCUCAACAUGACGGGUACCUCUGGAUAGUUUUGUAACUGGGAACUAGGGCUGGGCGAUAUCAGCUUUUCAACACUGCUGUGUAUCACCAGCCAAACAUCACAGUUAGGUGAUAUACCCCAGUAUUGAAAAAACAAGAUGCAUUGGCCUCUGCCCGUGAGACACCAAGUGAAACUGCCCCAGCUCUCGCCUCAGGCGCAGCAUUGGGGCUCCUUUGACUGCUUGCUGCAGGGAGGAAUUCAGGAGUGGUGGCAGUUUCACCAGCGAUAUACUACUAAGUGAAACUGACAUCACGGUAUGCUCCUCAUACAGCUGCUGGCCGAUAUAUUAAUAUAUCACCCAGGUCUACUAGGAACAUAGCUGAUGGGCCAGGCUGAUUCCUCUGAGUUCAGGUUGUGUAAAUGAGUGGACUCUGGCGGCAUUCAUUAUUCUUUUCUCUGCUCACUCCCCCUGUAUUCUUGUUUUAGGAGUUUGGCUUGGCCAGGUUCAAAAGCAAUGUGACCAAGAGUACCAAAGGGUUUGAGUACGUGCUGGCCAAAAUGCAAGGUGAGUACUGUUCCUAAGCCUCCAGCAUUGUUAGCAUAUUCAGGUUCUAAAAAGCACACAGAUCCCUUUCACCAGUGCCAAUAUUUCCCCCCUUUAGUUUACUGCACCCAUGAAAGCAUGUAAAUUUUGUUGGGAGAGCAGCUGCAUCAACCGGAGGCUAGCACCGAGUAGGGUAGAGCUUGUUCCCUUUUCUGCUGGAAGUUCCAAGAGAGUUUUGGGUUGCUAAUUUCACCAGUCCUGCUCCAGAGUAGUUUUAGCAUUCUAAACCAAGGAAUGAGGUGAAGACAGAAAAUGCAGCUUUAGAAUGUCUGGAACUACCUUUUGGGGGGCAGGCAUCUUCUGUGCUUGUUCUAGGUAAACCUGUAGACUUCCGAUUUUUAGCUAGUAGCAAUAUGGACUAUUGAGAAAACAGAAGGAGAGUUGUUAAGAGCCAUGACAAACAGAUGGGAAAUACAUAAAACUCCAGUCUGUUGUUCAGAAACUGAGAUGGUAAAACUGAUAGGUAUGGAGCUGGUAGUAAGUUUCCCUUUGGCUCCCCAUUUCUCUUUUUCCAGUUGGUGUUUCUCGUGAACAUUAAGGCUAGAUAAAAUAACACUUCCUUAACUAUGUGGAAGGAGAUGCCCACUGUAGAGAGUGAUACCUAAACAAACAGCAGCAGCAAACUAAAAUGCUUACAUUGAUUUUUUGUUCAGACCUUCAGGCAGUUCAGUGGACAUACUUAAGAGCUUUUGGCUUUAUUACAGGUGAAGCACCAUCCAAAACCUUGGUGGAAACUGCAAAGGAGGCAACCGAGAAGGCCAAGGAGACUGCCUUGGCAGCAACUGAGAAAGCAAAGGACUUGGCUAGCAAGGCAGCUACUAAAAAGAAGCAGCAAUAUGUUUGAAAAAAACUCAGUUUUCCUGCUGUGGGGAAUAGAAUGCAACAAAAUAAUACUGGAAGGCUUACCUGUCUGUAACUAAGCGUCUCUUCCCUUGGGAAGCAUGUCUCUAGCUUUUGUGUUUUUUUAAAAUUGAAACUAUACAAAUCUGACAAUCAUCUUCUUUCUAAAAGGUGUAAUUAUCAUUAAAAGAAUAGACUUCAAGUUAAUCCAGUGCCAUGGCCUGUUCCUCAGGUGGGCACCAAUUUUCAAAGCUGUGACUAAGCCAAUAGAAGUUUUCCUGUUUACUUUACCUUCUAUGCAACUUGGAGGUCUCUGUACAUUAAGAUGUGGGUGUGAGUGGCUGCUGGUUAGCAAGUAUGCUAUAAACAGCCUCACCCAUGUUUUGCAUUCUUAGGAGAAAACCAGAUGAAUAGGAUGCAAGAAAUUAAAAACCUUUACUAGAAUACUGCUGAGUACAUAAGCGGAUGGGUCACAAAACGGAAGCAAUGUUUGUUUUGGGGAAAAUCAGAUACUUCAAUUGGGUGGAAUGUGCCAUGGAAUGAGAGCCCACUAGCCAUUGUCCUAGCUGUUCCCAGCUCCCCUUGAUGCAACCCAUUCCAUGUUGAGGAAUUGGAGAUAAGAGCAACCCGGUUUUGCUAGCUUGUUCAUCCUGCAUUCCUGGAACUAAGUGCAUCUCUGCUAUAAAGUUGGAAUGAUUCAGUAUGUCAUGGUCUACUGUUGCCCUUGUUGAGACUUGCUUCCAGUCCUUAACAGGCCAAGCCUACCUCCACUUUCUGACUAGAUGAGACACACAAGCUUUCACAGCGGGUGGGGCACAGAAAACCAUAUAGCUAUCCCACGCACAGCGUAAUCUGUCUGGUACACAUUAAGUGCUGUGGGGAUCUCACCCUUCUUUCAGCCCUGCCCCAUAAUUGAGUAAUCCAAGUCUUUUAUCCAAGUCUCUAGAAAAUGUUCCGGCUUGGUCUAGCAGAAAGGUAGAGGUACAACGUGGGUAGCACUGUCCUUUGCACCAUGCAGAGUUUUGUUCAGAGCCAAAUUCCAUUCAUGAAAUCCUGGCUUUGCUACUGGAAAUCCAUCUGGGUGAGAGCUGCCCUUAUAACUAGGCUUCUGUCCAUCAUAACCAAAAGUUGCUGGCACUGGAAUAACUGUGUUCCUGCCCAGUGCUGAAGGCAGCCACAACAUCCUCUUCAACGCUGCUGAACGCCAGACCUUCCACGUCCACCUCUGCAUCUUCUGUAGCAG